CAGGAGCGUCGUUAGAAAUAUUUUCUAUAUUAUUUAAGCAAGAAGCAUUUUAAUGUUUGUUCUCAACCAUCCACAUGAUUGUCUCAAAAAAAAAUGGCGAGAAAUUUUCGAAGCCGUGCGUGCUUCAUUAGAAUGAUAAAAAGCCACCAUACAAAAUUAAAAUAUUAUAGUAAUACAGAAAAUUUGAUGAGAGUUUUUUCAAACGUUCUCAAUUUAAUGAUAUCAUGGCUAAUGUUAGUAACAAUUGCAACUUUUACAUCAGCUGCCGUUAGCGAACGUAUUCAAGAAAUGGAAGUGCUUGAAGGUGUACCAAUUGGUCAUUAUAUUGGAAAAAUCGGUGAAAAUAUUCCAGGCAUUGUAAGUGGACCUCCUUAUUAUAUUGUCCACGUUCCAGACAACAAUUCGGUUACAGAUUUUGAAAUAAAUGGAAGUACUGGUGAAAUAAGAACUAAAAUUCAAUUAGAUCGCGAAACACAUUAUAAAUAUAGUUUUGUUGCAGUACCAAGUAGUGGCGAAAAUAUUCGUGUAAUUAUAAAUGUACUCGAUGAAAAUGAUAAUGCUCCCACAUUUCCGUAUAAGGUUAUGAAUAUUGAGUUUCCGGAAAAUACUCCGCGUGACGUUAAACAUACAUUAAAACCGGCGAAAGAUUCUGAUUUAGGUCGGUAUAAUACGCAACGUUAUAAUAUCGUGUCCGGUAAUGUAAAUAACGCGUUUCGAUUGUCACCGCAUCGGGAAAGUGAUGGCGUUUUAUAUUUAGAUCUUCAAAUUAAUGGAUUUCUAGAUCGAGAAACAAUACCAGCUUACAGUUUAGUAGUUGAGGCACUAGAUGGUGGAAAUCCACCCCUGAAAGGUCAUAUGACCGUUAAUAUAACUAUACAGGACGUAAAUGAUAACCCACCUAUAUUUAAUCAGUCGCGAUAUUUUGCAACUAUACCGGAAAAUUCAACGGUUGGAACUAGUGUUUUACAAGUAUAUGCUUCUGAUGCUGAUACUGGUGAAAAUGGUUUGGUAGAAUAUUCAAUUAAUAGAAGACAAAGUGAUAAGGUUCAAAUGUUUCGAAUUGAUUCAACAACAGGCUUAAUAUCUGUUAAUAAACCAUUAGAUUUUGAAACAAAAGAAUUACAUGAACUUGUUGUUGUGGCAAAAGAUCACGGUGAACAACCUUUAGAAACGACAGCUUUUGUUUCUAUUCGUGUUACGGAUGUCAAUGAUAAUCAGCCUACAAUAAAUGUUAUUUUUUUGAGUGAUGAUGCUACACCAAAAAUAUCGGAAUCAGCGCAACCAGGCGAAUUUGUAGCUAGAAUAUCUGUUAAUGAUCCAGAUUCGAAAACGGAAUAUUCGAAUGUAAAUGUAACUUUAACUGGUGGUGAUGGUCGUUUUGGUCUAACAACACGCGAUAAUAUAAUUUAUUUAGUUAUAGUUUCCUUACCAUUAGAUCGUGAAAGUACUCCAAAUUAUACUCUGAGUGUUAUUGCAACCGAUAACGGUAAUCCACCUUUACAUGCUUCAAAAACAAUAUAUUUAAGAGUAAUGGAUAUAAAUGAUAACCCACCCGAAUUUGAAAAAGAAAUUUACUAUGCUAAUGUAAUGGAGGUCGCUGAUCCAGGGACCUCUGUAAUUCAAGUAGUUGCAGUUGAUAAAGAUGAAGGAACUAAUUCAGCAGUAUCAUAUUCUUUAAUUGAGACACCUGAUACUCAUUCACAAUGGUUUCAAGUUGAUUCCAUUACUGGAUUAAUAACAACUCGUUCUCAUAUCGAUUGUGAAACAGAACCAGUACCAAAGUUAGCAGUUGUAGCUAAGGAUAGUGGAAAGCCACCCUUAUCUUCUACGGCAACGGUUUUAGUUACAAUUCAUGAUGUUAAUGAUAAUGAACCAAUUUUCGAACACAGUUUUUAUAAUGUAUCGGUUGCAGAGAAUGAAGCUAUUGGACAUUGUAUAUUAAAGGUAUCAGCGAGUGAUCCAGAUUGUGGGGUAAAUGCAAUGGUAAAUUAUACAAUUGGUGAAACAACGAAACUAAUGACUAAAUUUGAAGUUAAAACAAAAACUGGUGAAAUAUGCAUAUCUGAUCAUUUGGAUUAUGAAUCAAAAAAUUCAUAUGAAUUUCCUGUGCUUGCGACAGAUCGAGGUGGUCUUAGUACAACAGCAAUGGUAAAAAUUCAAUUAACUGACAUAAAUGAUAAUCGGCCAAUUUUUUAUCCACGUGAAUACAAUGUUUCAUUACGUGAAUCAUCUGGUAUUUUAACAUCAACUUCAACACCAAUUGUAUCAGUUGUCGCCACUGAUUUAGAUUCUGGACGUUUUGGUUCAGUAUCAUAUCGUAUAUCGGCUGGCAAUGAAAAUAAUAUAUUUCGUAUUGAUCGUUCAACUGGAGAAUUAUUUAUAAAUAGUCCAAAUACGAUUUCAAGAAGAUCCCAACCAAUACAUCUUUUAAAUAUAUCGGCUUCGGAUGGAGGAGGUUUACGAUCAAUUCAAGAUGCCUUAAUAUAUAUUAGUAUAAUUGAUGUAACACAAAGACCGCCAAUAUUUGAAAAAUCACGUUAUAAUUAUAAGGUCAAAGAAGAUAUGCCGAGAGGAACAAUUAUAGGAGCCGUUACAGCGGUCAGCAGUGAUACAGGAAGUCGUAGUCUUAUAAGAUAUUCAAUAUAUUCCGGAGAUCCUGAUGGUUAUUUUAGUAUCGAUCCUUCGACAGGAAGUAUUCGAAUAGCUAAUCUUUUAGAUCAUGAAACGAAAUCACAAGUUCUUUUAAAUGUAUUAGCAACAUUUGGUAAUCCAUCAACUUACGGCCAUACGCAGGUUAACGUUGAUAUUGAAGAUAUAAAUGAUAAUGUACCAGAAUUUGAAUCAAAUAUGAUCCGAAUUUCGGUACCAGAGAAUACAUCAUUAGGUAUUCCAAUAUAUUCAGCGAAUGCAUACGACAAAGAUUCUGGAAAGAGUGGCAUAAUAACAUAUAGUAUUGCAAAAGUUAGUUCAACAAAUUUAUUUUCAAUUGAUUCACAUUCUGGUCAUAUAACACUUUCGCAGCACUUAGAUUUUGAAAUUUCCCAAAGACACUCACUUAUCGUUACAGCAUCAGAUUCGGGAGUUCCAAAAUUAUCAGCUAAUUUGACGGUAUUAAUUGAAGUUCAAGAUGUUAAUGAUAAUGCUCCUCAAUUUGAAAAAAAUGAAUAUUCGAUCAGAGUACUUGAAUCAAUGCCAAUUAAUUCCCAAAUUUUACAAGUAAGUGCCAUCGAUUUGGAUACAGGAAAUAAUGCUCGUUUAACAUACAAAAUAAUUGAUAGCCAUCAAGUUUUAACUAAUUCUAAUACAAAUGAAGGUAAAGAAGUAUUUGGGAUCUUUCCAAAUAGUGGCUGGAUUUAUUUAAGAAAAAAACUUGACCGUGAGACUUGCGAUCGUUUUGAAUUAACCGUAAUGGCCAUCGAUAAUGGAUCUCCAUCAGCAAAUACUACAACACGUGUGAUUAUUAAUAUUCUUGAUACAAAUGAUAAUGAUCCGGAAUUUUCUCAAGAAUCGUAUGAGCUUUAUAUUGAUGAAAAUAUGAAUCGUGGAGCAAUAGUUGGUAAAGUAUCUGCUUUUGAUAGGGAUUUAGAUAUAAAUGCGGCUAUUCGAUAUAGUCUUAUCCCAAGCAACACAAGCCUUCAAAUAAAUUCUUUAACAGGAGAAAUAACUACACGGGAACCUCUAGACCGUGAAAGUAAAUCUGUGUAUGAAUUACUAGUAGAAGCCAAGGAUCAAGGUUCGCCAUAUCGAAGUACUCGAGUACCCAUUAAAGUGCAUGUAAACGAUAUAAAUGACAAUGCUCCGGAAAUAGUUGAUCCACAAGAAGAUGUUGUUAGUGUUCGGGAAGAGCAACCACCGGGAACAGAAGUAGUAAAAAUUAGAGCUAUAGAUCGAGAUAAUGGAAAUAAUGCAACAAUUAAUUACUCUAUUUUAAAAAAUCGUGACUCGGAUGGUUUUGGACUUUUCACGAUAGAUCCAGUGUCGGGGUUAAUAAGAACAAGUACUUUAUUGGAUCACGAAGAACGAAGUAUUUAUCGAUUAGCGAUUGCAGCUACAGAUCAUGGAAUUCCUCCCAAACAAACAGUUCGUAUGCUGCGUAUUGAAGUUUUAGACUUAAACGAUAACAGGCCAACAUUUACAAGUUCAAGUUUGGUUUUCCUUGUACGGGAAGACGUACCUGUAGGUUUUGUUGUUGGUCCUAUUGGACCUGACCGUACAGAUUCAAAUAAUAAAAUGGUUACGAUGACAAAUUUACAUAUAACUUACACAUUGUCAUCAUUAAUGAAAGAUACUAUUGAAGGUGCAUUUGAUAUUGAUGGUCAAACUGGUUCACUGAUUGUAGCUCGAAAACUUGACCGUGAAAUACAGAGUGAAUAUCGAUUAGAAAUACGUGCGCUAGAUACAACAACUUUAAAUAAUCCCCAAAGUAGUUCUAUUAUUGUUAAAGUUGAAAUUGCUGAUGUAAAUGACAAUGCUCCUCAAUGGUCAAACGAUCCAAUACAAAUUUUCGUUAACGAGAACACUCCAAUUGGAAACAUUUUAUAUAACUUUACAGCUACGGAUAUUGACACAGGUUCAAACGGAGAACUCUUAUAUGAAUUGUUAAGAUAUAGUCCUCAAGCUGAUUUAAAUGUUUUCGCAAUUGACGCAAUAACCGGUGCUCUUACAUUACAAGCAUCUUUAGAUUAUGAAGAAAUCAAUGAAUACAUUUUAAUAAUCGCAGCAAAGGAUCAACCAUUGAAUAGAACGGAAAGGUUGGCAGCUUCGGUAACAGUUCAUGUUUUAAUUCAAGAUGAUAACGACAAUAAUCCAGUUUUCAUAAUGCCAAUAUCAAAUACAGAUGUUGAUGAGAAGAACAAUGUUGAGGGAAAUAUAACAAAGGCGAAAAUAGUGUUAACUGAUUCAAUACGAGUUGGUCAAGUUGUCACCCAUGUAAUAGCUACUGAUAAAGAUUCUGGUAACAAUGGUAAAAUUACAUAUUCCAUAUUAAGUGGAAAUAAAGAUGAAAGUUUUAAAAUUGAUUCAAAUACUGGGUUAAUUCGGUUAUCUAGAUCAUUACAAAUUAAUUCAUCACCCAAAUUUAAUUUAAUAAUAAGCGCGAGUGAUAAUGGUAUACCAUCACGAAAAGUUCAAUUAUAUUUACAAAUUUUUAUAAAUAGUGUAACAAAUGUUCCACCUCGGUUUUUCCAACCCGUUUAUCGUGUUAACAUAUCAGAAAGUACGCCUAUUGGUAGUAUAUUAGCGCGUGUUGGUGCUAAAUCAUUUAAUUCAAAUGAAAAUGCCUAUCUAUUAUAUGAAAUACCACCCGGAAUUUGUGACAAUCAUUUUCAAGUUGGAUUACUAAGUGGUACAAUAACGAAUUUGAAAAAAUUUGAUCGUGAGACGAAAGAUGAAUAUAUGGUUCCAAUAUAUGUUAUGGAAUUAAUUGUUAACAGCAAUAUUUCCAGUAAUGGUACUUUCUUGGCAGCUACAAAUACGAAUGAUUUACAACGAUUAUCAUUGACACAAAAAGCUAAAGGUCAAUUUGAUAUUGCCACACUUAUAAUUAAAAUUACAGAUGUUAAUGAUAAUGCUCCCGAAUUCAGGCCGGGAUCAUGUUAUCCAUUAUCCAUACCUGAAAAUAGUGAAGCCGCUGUGAUUCACACCAUUGUAGCAACCGAUAUGGACGAUGGUGUUAAUAGUGAAAUUUUAUAUAGUAUAGUGGGUGGCAAUUUAGGAAAUAAAUUUUCAAUUGAUGCACAUACUGGGGAAUUAAGUGCUCGCUCAUUAGACCGUGAACAAAAUUCACGUUAUGUUUUACAAAUACAAGCACAAGAUCGUGGCACGCCAAUAGCGUACCAGGGUUAUUGCAAUAUAAGUGUGAUGGUUGCAGAUCAAAAUGACAAUGAUCCAGUCUUUGAGCAGUCCAAAUAUAUGGUUAACAUAUUAGAAAACAUUGAAAUUGGUAGUUCUGUAUUAAAAAUUCGCGCAAAUGAUGCUGAUUCUGGUGAAAAUGCUCGUAUAGUUUAUUCUUUAGCGAACGAAACACAAUGGUUAUUUGCAAUUGAUAGUAAAUCUGGACUUAUAACUACAGUUGGAGAACUUGAUCGUGAAACUCAAAACGUUUUUAACUUUAUGGUUGUUGCCACUGAUGGUGGAAAAUAUGAUUCUCGAUCUCGUCAAGUACCUAUUCAAAUUUUCAUUGAAGAUGUAAAUGAUAAUAAACCAAUAUUCGAGCAUUAUCCACUAAGAGCCAAUGUUGCAGCACUUGUUCAGCCAGGUCAAACAAUAAUUCAAGUGAACGCUAUUGAUAUAGAUCAAGGAAUCAAUGGUGAAAUAUUUUAUAGUAUAGUAACAGAUUCGACUAAUGGUAAAUUCCGAAUAAAUGCUAACACUGGUGCAAUUAGUUCUACACAAAGUUUAGCUAGUGAAGUAGGUAAUACGGUACAUUUGGAAAUUAUGGCACGUGACAAAGGCAAUCCGCAGCAAAAUACGAUGGGCUUAGUCGAAAUUCGUAUAGGAGAAUCUCAGCCUGGAACACCAACUUUGCGCUUUCAAAAUGAUAGUUAUAACAUUAGAUUAAAAGAAAAUUCUCAAAUUGGUAAAACUAUUUUACAUGUUAAUGCAGUACGUAGCGACGGUAGGCGACAAAAAAUAGCGUAUUCAUUCGGCGCCGGGAAUGAAGAUGAUUCUUUUACAAUUGAUUCUAGCACUGGUGAAAUUAAGAUUAAAAAAGCAGAUAAUCUUGACUAUGAACGAAAUUUUAUGGAUUACGCUACAGCUUUCAACUAUCGAAAUGGUUUGAUUAAUACUAGUGAUCCUAAAAUAAAUGGUGGUACGACUUUAAAGCAAAUUAAAUUAGUACUUGUAGCUCGUACUGAUGGUUCUCCAAUAUUAUAUGGAUAUGCUGAACUGACUAUUGAAUUAGAUGAUGAUAACGAUAACGAACCACAUUUUACGCAAUCCCAAUAUUUUGCUGUUGCUUGGGAGGGUAAAAAUAAAGGUACGUUAGUGACACAAGUCAAAGCACUUGAUGCAGAUGGAAAAGGACCAAAUUCUAGAAUUUUAUAUCACGUUGUUGAUGGGAAUCAUGACAACGCAUUUAUAAUUGAACCAGCUUUUAGUGGAACUGUUAGAACGAAUAUUGUUCUUGAUAGGGAAAUACGGGAUUUAUAUAGAUUGAAAGUAAUCGCAACCGACGAGGGUGUACCGCAAAUGACUGGAACAACAACUAUUCAUAUUCGAGUUAUUGAUAUAAAUGAUAAUCAACCUACUUUCCCACCCACAAGAAUAAUCAAUGUCAGCGAAGGUACUGAAUUAGGUACAUUGAUAACAACAGUUUCUGCAAAUGAUGUUGAUACAAAUCCAGUUUUAACCUAUAAUUUUUCUGAUGAUGUAGACCAUUUGGAUAAUGAUAUGUCAAAAUUUUCAAUAGAUCGAUUUAGCGGAAAAGUAAUAUUGCAGCAAAAGCUUGACGCUGAAUUAAAACAGGAACAUCAAAUUGAAAUAAUCGCCUCUGAUGGUGCUCAUAAGGUAACUACCACAUUAACUAUCCGCGUCACUGAUGAAAAUGAUAAUGCUCCAAUUUUUCAACGAACCGCUUAUGUAACAACUUAUUCUGAAUAUACUUCGACACCAGUUGCCUCAAAUAGUGAAAAAGUUAUAAGAAAUUGUGAAAUUAUUACUGUAAAUGCUACAGAUGCUGAUAUAAGCGAAAGAAAUUCUAAAAUAAGAUAUCAAAUUUUGCCAGAGGAGGAUGGAUUUACGAUAAAUGAGAAGUUUGGAACGAUUUGUAUUAAUUCUACUUAUGUUAAUAGUAAGUCAGCGUCAACAGUAUUAUUGAAUAAAAGUUAUAUUUACUUGAAUGUUUUGGCAACGGAUUCUGGUCAAAAAUCAUUAAGUUCCAGUUCUUCUGUUAAAGUUAUUUUAAAUAAAAGCAGUUCUGGAUUGACCCAGUUUUUGCAAUCACAGUAUCGUACAUCUAUUAACGAAAACGCCGCUAUUGGAACAAUUGUGUUUAAAUUGAAUAGAAAUAUUAUUCAGGAAACGUCAUCCUUAUUGGAUGAAAGUCAGAGUAAUUUAAACUUCGCAAUAGUAUCUGGGAAUGAGGAUCAAGCUUUUGAAAUUUUUCAAUCUUGCGCUAUAAUUUUGGUUAAAAAGCUAGAUCGAGAAAAAAAUGACUUGUAUAAAUUGAAAUUAAUUAUGAGUGAAGAUGCACAAGUUAUUGAAUUCACUGAUGAAAAUGAAUAUGAACGAGAUUACGGUCAUUUAAGUUCGAUUGACGUUUUCUUAACAGUUGAAGACGAUAACGACAACCGUCCAAUAUUUGAUUUAUCUUCGAAGUAUUCUGUCGAAAUAAGUGAACUAUCCCCUUUACGAUAUUCUAUAGCAACAAUAAAAGCAACGGAUACAGAUCAAGAAAAUACACCUAAUUCGGAUAUCGUGUACGACAUAACGUCCGGUAAUGAUGCCGCAAUGUUCACAAUAGAUUUGGUAACAGGAGUGCUUUUUGUCAAUAAUAAAUUAGAUUAUGAUAAGGGGAUACCGAACUAUGAUUUAAUAAUUAGAGCAUGUGACAGCGCUGCUAUACCUAAAUGUGCACUACAACCAUUUAAAGUUAAUUUAACUGAUGAAAAUGAUAAUGAACCGAAAUUUCCACUUAGUGAAUAUACGGAAUUUGUGGAAGAAAAUGAACCGAUUGGUACAAGUAUAUUUACAAUUAGGGCCACAGAUUUGGAUCGUGGACGAUUUGGAAUUCUUAACUACACGAUUGAGCCACUGAGUUAUUCAAGUAGUGCUGACAUUUCCAAACUAUUCAAAGUAGAUUGUGCUAGUGGAGUUGUUAUAACAAAUACUGUGUUCGAUUAUGAACAGAGAUCUCGCUACAGCUUUAUAUUAAAAGCUACAGAUGUCGGAGGGAAAUAUGCCUCCGCUAAAGUUAAUAUUAUUAUUGAUUCAAGAGAUGAGUUCAGUCCUCAAUUUACAGAACGAACCUAUCGUUUCGUUAUGGCAUCUCCAAGUUUCUUACCUAUUGGAUAUAUAAUAGGUCAAGUGAUGGCUACAGAUCUUGAUAAAGGUGUCGAUGGAAAAAUAGUUUACCAGUUGAGUUCCCAACAUCCAUAUUUUAAGGUAAAUCGCACAACAGGUGCUAUUUUAGUGAAAAAGAAAAUUGAUAAUAAUUUUGAUAUGAGUCACGACGUUAGUCUUGUGGUAACAGCCAGCUCAGGAAGACAAGGUUCUUUAACGAAUAUGACAGUUGUUGAAAUUUCAGUUGAUCCUCUAACGAAUUUAAGUACCAAUUUGGCAAGCAGUGGUAUAUCUUCUGGUUCUGGAAUGGCUGAUUGGGCUAUUGGUCUAUUAAUAUCAUUUUUGCUAAUUAUAUUUGCUUUUGCCGCAGUUUUCCUUUUCCUGCAUAUGCGUAAUAGGAGACCUAAAACAAUCGUAAAACCAAAUUUAAGCACAGAAACUGUGGGGAAUUCUAACAGUUACGUUGAUCCAAGUGCUUUUGAUACUUUGGGUAUGAGAAGCGGACCAAAUGGAAAUAACGGUAAUAGUAGUAGCUCUAAUCAAAGCAAUAACAAUUCUCAAUUCGCUCCACCAAAGUAUGAUGAAAUCCCACCAUAUGGUCAACAUACGGCCAGUUCAAAUUCUGGCGCUGCAACUACCUCUGAGUUGUCUGGGUCGGAACAAUCUGGUUCUAGUGGCAGAGGGUCGGCUGAAGAAGGUGAUGACGGCGAAGAUGAGGAAAUUAGAAUGAUCAAUGAGGGCCCCAUGGUUCGAAAUGGAGGUCCAGAUCAUCUUCAUAAUGGAAAUGGUCGUUUAUCUGAUAUAUCUGUACAAAACACUCAAGAGUAUUUGGCGAGAUUGGGUAUAGUAGAUACUGGGAAUAAUGUUCCUGGAUGUGCUUCAAUGUCUUCUCGUCAUGGUAGUGAAAGUUUAGUAGGCAGCAAUAAAGAAACCUUAAUGCACCAAUUGCAGCCGGUUGAAAGGAUUCAUCAUACAAUGUAUGAUAGUGAAUCAAAUGAGACUGAUUUAACAAAUUUAAUCUAUGCUAAGUUAAAUGAAGUGGCUGGUGGCGGAAGUGAUCGCGCAAUUGGUAGUACUGAUGACGUUACCACAAGUGGCAGUACAAUGGGUCCAAGAGUUGAUCAUGUUUUAAGUUAUAGUGAUGUAGCUCCUUCUGUUGUCGGUGGGAGUAGUGUUAAUAAUCACCAUCCUCCAGGACCAUCAAUGACUGGUUCUCUUAGUUCAAUAAUACAUAGUGAAGAAGAAUUAACGGGUAGUUAUAAUUGGGAUUAUCUGUUAGAUUGGGGUCCGCAAUAUCAACCAUUGGCUCAUGUUUUUUCCGAAAUAGCUCGACUAAAAGAUGAUCAAUUAUCUGUACAUAGUGGUAACAGUGGAGCAUCAUCAAGUGCAAAAAGUGUCAAAAGCAAACAAUCUAUACAAGCACAUCCAUUAAAACAUAUACCACCUCCACUACUUACAAAUAUAGCACCUAGAUCAAUUAAUGUUCCAGUAUUAUCAAGUAGAGGUAGUCAUCUUUCAACUUCAAGUUAUCAUUUACCUCGUUCAUCUAUUAGUCAUGAUGGUCAUGAAACUGGUUUCACAACAUCAUCUGCAAUGCAACCAAGUUUUUCUCCAUCACUAUCUCCUUUAGCAAAUAGAUCACCAACAUUAUCUCAACGUGUUGUAAAUACUCAUUUACCACAACCUGGUCAUCAUUUAGUAUCAUUGCCAAGACAUCAUCAACCUCAAUUAUCACAGAGGAAAAGUAUGGAAUCAGAUUUAAGAGUGAGAUUGUAAAAACAAUUAUUGGGUUCAUUUAAUUCUUAAACAAAAUUUUGUUAUUAUAAUAUUAAAAUUAAUUUAAAAUCAAUAGUUCUGAAUUAUUCAUAUUUUUACAAUAGUGUGUUCGGAAUUGAUCGAUUUGCUUUUUCAUAUUUUGACUCAAAAUUUUCAAAAAUUUAAAAUUUUCAAUAAUAUGUUGCAUCUAGUAGUAACA